GUGCUGUUUUAGGAUGCAAAACAGAGCCGGGAGCUUCCAUCCACUAUUUACCAAGGAAUCCUGUGCUGAAACAGAAAUGGAUGGACUUUAUUUAUAGACAACGCUUCAGCAGACCUUCAAAUGUAGUGGGAAUCCGUAUUUGCGGCGCACAUUUUAGUAACGACUGUUUCGUGAAUUUCUUUCAAAGGUCCAUGGGUUUUGCCAAAAAGUUUAUUCUGAAGCCUGACGCGGUUCCAUCCAUUUAUCCUGGGAACCCAACAUGGCUUAAGCAUGGGGCUGCAUUCUGUUUAAGAAGAGCAGAUGCGGCCUGUCAGUGUAACUCAGUGGUCGUGCAUGAAGUUGGCCUCCAGUGUAGUCUUCCUGCGAACAGGACCAGGACUGUGGGGACCCAGCUGUCAGAACGAAGACUGAUAUACAGGAGAAGCCUGGGUGUCCAGGCAAAGCUGCCCACAACAGAUGCUGCUGAUGGUAAAGUAAAGACGAGACCAGCAGAACAAUCCAUCGGAGGGCUAAUUUCAACCUCUCAGAAACCUCUGACUGAUUGGUCACAGCCUGAAAGUGAAGAUGAUGACCGAUGCGUGACGGUGGAGGAGUCUGGAGAGACAGUGAGCAGUGAAAGCAAUGGGGUGGCAAAGUGGCUAUGCCCUCUGUGCCAAAAAGGACAAACAGACAGAUCCUCCCUGUCUUCACAUCUCACUGAGCAACACAGCGUGCUUCCAUCUUGUGUCGACAGACUGCUGGACAUUGCUGUUCUGAAACAGGGUGCCAGUGGAGGAGAAGAGGACAAAGGUGCUCAAAAGUCUUCAGAUCCUGAAUCUUCACAUCUGAAGCACGCUGAAGACGUCAGUUCAGACCCCUGCCAAUCUAGUGAGAGUUCAGACGCUACCCAGACGCCUGGAGACAAAGAGAUGGAGGAAGAGAGAAUAAUGGAACAGGAGGGAGUUGAAGCUGAGCCAGAAGAGGAGGGAAAUCAACUCACAGCAGCCAAACAGCAAAAUGCAACUGAAAACACAGAAGUCCCAGACGCUAGUGAAAAGUCAGUUGGUAAAAAUGGUGUGCCAGCUGAAAAUAAUACCCGGUCGUUCAAAUGCAAUGCCUGCCUGGAAACCUUUCCCAGCAGAACUGCCUUGAGCGUUCAUUACAACUCUGCAUCCCACAUUCAGAGGAUGACAACAGGCUUUGCAAAACAAGUUGGGGAAAAUGAUCCCCAAACACUCUCAGUUCCUGUCCUGUCUCGGCCAUAUAUAUCAAACAAACCCUACCAGUGUGCUAUAUGUCGAGUCUCUUACAAUCAUGCCAUCACCCUUGAGAGCCAUAUGAAAUCUGUCUUGCACCAGUCCCGCAGCAGAAAUGCUGGAAUUGUUGCACAUGCUGCAAACGCAGUUGCUACUGCUAGUUUGGGAGGUAGCACCACCAGUGCUCCAAACGCUAUAGUGACCACAUCUGGAAGUGGAACCAGUCAGUUAGUUACCACCACCAACUCUGCUGCUCCUGGGACAUUGAUGGUGACUACUACAAAAGACGGAGAGCAGAUUCAAACUUCACAAGUGGCUCCCUCCCUCCUUACCUCCCCAGUGGCCUCAGCUCAGGCGGUCUCAGCCUUUCUCACCCUUCUCACAUCUAGUCCCAGCACCCUCUCACACUCCCUCCUCCCCUCUCUAUUCGCGGCUGGUGCUGCUCCUGGUGCCGCCGUACCUCAGCUCGUGCCUCAGCCUCAAAUGGUCAUGCCCUUGAUCUUGAAUGGGCUCCAAGCCCAAACCCAGCAGCACCAAGAGAACCAGCAAGGCCAGCUCCUUACCCAGUGUGUGCCAUUCGUAGGUCUCAGCCCAUCCCAGCAAGCCCUCCUAACCCAAAGACUUAACAGCUUACAGAACCAGUGGCCCUCUGCAGGAGUCCCAACAAACAUACAGCCCUGCCUGGAGGAGCAAAAACAGACUAUAAAGUGUGAGAGAGAACAAGAAAGGCAGAACAGUGAUGAGACAGUUGAAGAGAAGGUCUCAGAUCAGAUCAAGGACAGGAAUAACUGGACUACAGAGAAACUUAAGGAAGAGGACAGUAAAGAAUUUGCACAGUGUCCUAAUAUAGAAAGCGAAGUGAAGGUUGAGAAUAACGAAGACAAUGGGAAGGCACACAGAGAUAGCACAACAGAUGGAGACAGCUCGACUGAUCAGUUGGACCUGGAAGGUGAUAAAGCAGCUAGCCUCAAUCUCUCCCCAGCAGGCACAGAGAAGAGCCUCCGCAAUAAGAACCUCUCGCCUCCUGCAUCUGUGCCCAGCAAUUCAAGCCUCAGUCCUUUAAAUUUAAACCUUACACUUAGCCCUGAUUCUACUCCUCAAAAAUCGCAAUCGGGCACUAGCCCUUGUGGCUCUCUUGGCACCCCAAAAUUCAGCCCGACUACAAAUGCCUUAACUAACAACCAAACUCGACCCCAUUGUAAUACAAUGGGAUCCAUUUAUCCAGACCUUCCAGUGCUGUCAGAGUUCCAGUCGGAGGUUCUCUGGGCGUUCUUUGAGUCACGUAGUGAGGCUGAUGCUGCAAGUCCUCCCCAUGAGGACUGUGAGGCACUAGGCAGAGAGGUAGGGCUUUCUGAGGAAGAGGUACGUAGAUGGUUGAGCCAAGCACGACAUGCAAAACAGAGGCGAAGGGCGACAGAGUUAGAACACCUGCAAGGCAUGGCAGGAUUUACAAAGCAUGCCCAAAGUUCUGACAAUGACUAUGACGACGAAGAAAGCUCACUGAUUAUAGCAGAAGGUGAGGAUGACGCUGAAGCGUCAGGUAGUCAGGCAAUAGAUUUGUCUAAUACAAGAGGGAAACGCAGACAGAGAGAUUUGGGAAGGGAGGGUCAGGGAGAUUCCUGUCUCACUUCUGACUCAGAAAAUGAGGUAUACACCUCUGUCAUUGUGUCUGAUGAGGAAAGUCAGAAUGAGUCUUUGAGGGAGGGUCCUGAGAGCCCUGCUAAAGAUGAAGCACAGUGGGAGGUCCAUGGUGACAAGGGGUCAGUUGGAGGAAAGGUCUUGCGCUCCACAACUGUGUUUCUCUCUGAUGCAGAGGAUGAGUAUGAAGAUGAGGAGGGUGGAGGGGGUCAAAGGGCCAAGAGGAAAAAACGAAAGGGGGAGUUUGAGCGCGAUGAGGUGGAGGUGAAGAAGGAGAGACAGGACCCAGAUGUGGAUCUAGAGUUGGAGGCCCAAGGGGACCCUCCAAGUUCACUGUCCCAUGCUAUGGACUACCAUGAGAUUCCAGCCGGUGCUCUCCACUCACUUCCCCUGUCCCUUGCUCCCUUUUCCACUCAGUUCCUCAGCCCCUAUGUCCUCUCUCUUACUCCUUCACUGGUUGGAGAUGGAAGCAAGGUACCUGUCUUUCCUAACCCACCAACUAUCACGCGCUUCUCCAGCUCUCUUCUCUCACAGUCUCUCUCCUCCCUCAACCAAACUUCUCACUACCUGUCCAAUGGUGGUGAUUGUGAGUCCGCUCUGGAUCUCAGCAUGGGGAAAAACAACUCAAAAUCUGCUUCUUCUUCCUCAUCAUCUUUGGCUGAUAAAAUUGCAGCACAGAAGGGACAGUUGCUGGAUGGGCUUGGCCUGAGGCCCACAUCCAAAGGUCUGGUAGUCGUCCAGGUGAAGCCUGAAUCUGUUACUGCCAUGCCCUCUUCCAACAGCAGUAUGAGUCUGGUCAACUGCAAUAACAUGACAAAGUCUAGUAUUUACAUGAGGGCAGCAGAGAAAAUGAAUGCCACGCUACUGGAAAGGGAACGAGAAAAGGAAAGAGAGAAGGAAAAGGAAAGGGAGCAGCAGCAGAGGAAGUCCAAAGGAAAAAGGUAUCGGGAUAUGCGGCGUUCCAGGACCAUCAUACAAGCUGAACAACUUGACAUUCUGUAUGGCUGCUAUUUCAAAGACCCAAAUCCUGGGAAACAUGAGUUUGAACAGAUUUCAGAGUGGGUCCACCUUCCUAAGAAGGUUGUGCAGAUUUGGUUCCAGAACAUGAGGGCGAGGGAACGGAAGGGUGAGGUCAGAUUCAUCAGUGACGGGACUCUGGCAGCGGUUGGCAAACCUCUCAUCAAAUUUACCUGGCCUCUUUCCAAACCCAUAUUCUCCAACAAAACUGCUCCAAAUAAUACUGGGUGCAUCACAACUACUCCAAUUGUGCGAACCCUCAUGAAGACCGAGAGAGAGCCUGUAAAGGAGCUGGGUAAACCUGCUGUUCUGAAAAAAAUAACCCCAGUUCCUAUCAAGCCCAAGGAGGUUGUUUCCUCUACCACAGUUUGUCCUGUGAGCAGCAGUGCUUCUGCUGUGCCAAAGACCAAGCUCGAGACCACCAGCAACGUCACUAUGGUCAAAGUUGCACCCAAAGUCAACACCCCUGUACUUUUAGCACCACCCAAGGAUCCAAUCCCCAUUGCCCCACGACCGGCCCAGAAACGAAAGCUAGAAGAGGAGAGCGAGGAAGAGAAGACGGAUGAGGAGAAAGACAAUGAAAAUGAGAUGGGUCCUGGACCAGGAACCACUAACCGCAUGGUGCCCAAGCUGCCCACAACUCCCAUCAACAACAGGCCUCCUGCCACAACAGUGGUGCCACAAAAACAGAAUGGGCUCAACUACUGGACCCCCAAAGUCCCCAUUAAGAUCAACACUCUAUCAAGAGAACAACUGGCUCUUCCCACACACACGCCUCCUCGUACCAUCCCCCUCCUCCCACCCCCAGCAUUGCGCCAGUCAGCCCAAAUACCCCCAGCUCUGCCAAAGUGGCCAGCCCCUCCACCCCGGUAGUAGCUAAAUCUAGCCCGACUGAAAGCAGCUUUCUGCCCCACUCAUCCAGCCGUAGGCCACGCACACACUUGUCCUGCCUACAACUGUCCAUUCUGCAGUCCUGUUACGAGACCUGUGCCCACCCUAACGCCAUGGAGUGUGAGGCAAUCGGCACCGAGCUCAACCUGCCAUUAAAGGUGGUGCAGAUCUGGUUCCAAAACACCAGAGCCAAGGAGAAGCGCUGGAGGCUGCAGCAAGAGAAAAUGUCUCCUCUGUCAGGUGGGAAGGUGGACAUGAGCUCAGGAAGCUACCUGCAGUACAACGCUCUGAAAGCCAAUCGUCCCAUCCUGCCCAAACCUGUUCAGCUGACAAUUACUGAACCUCCAUCUUCCCCAAUGGCUGGCCAGCCAGUGCCAAAGGAGAACCUGACAGGCCGCUGUGAUGCCUGCAACAUCUCCUUUGAAUCCCGGGCUGCAGCGAGGGCCCACGUCUUCUCCCCACGUCAUCUGGCAACCCUGAGAACCACUAACUUUGGCCAGCCGACAACGCUCGUCAACAAGAAUGGUAACGGCGGACCUGGCAGCGUUGUGCCGGGCUCACAGGUCCCUCAUUCCACUCCGUUAACCAGUUCUGGUGCUGGUUCUGGAGGGGAAAUCUUUGAGUCGCCUCUACCGACGGCCACCAGCAACAGUUAAAGACUCAGAUCAGGAUUGGUCUGCACACUGACUAUUCUUGGACCCAUUUGGGCUCCUCAGAUUUUAAUAAACAAAUUUGAGCACUAAUCCUCAAAAGCUAAUAUUCUUUAGUUUUUGGAGUUGGCUCCCCCUGCAACCCCUAUCCCUCACUCAACCUUCACUGACUCUAAAUCCGUUAAUCUAUAGAGUUCACCUGGAUUCCAAUGCAACAGCAGACUAUUUCCAUGCUGCUUCACACUUUAUCAGUUGCUGUUUGAUAAGUGAUGAACACAUCUUAAGUCUCCCUCAAUUCUCACACACUUUAUCCAAACAUUUUUGGUCCUAAACCUGUGGUUAUAUAUUACCUUACCUAAAUGACCUUCCUAUAGUUUGUAAAGGCACUCAAUUUUCCAUGCUUGAACUGUCCUACCCUAAAGACUGAUGCAAAAGUGUUUCCUCUUUGGAAGGGGCCAUUUGACGGUAGGCCCGGAAACACUUUUUGGGAUAAUAACAUGAAAUACUCACAUUAAUAACUCCCAGUUUGCUCCUGUGGAAUUGUUUUUCUCAUGUCUACUUUCACUUCUAGGGCAAAGACUGCUUGGAUAUAAUAUGACUGGACUGAACCAUUGGGAGAGGAAGAACUGGUAUUGACUGUCACCUUUUUAUUUGCUACAGGAGUGUGAUCUGAAGAGUGUUGUGUCCACUCAUUUGGGAUAUUAAAAGAGGUACUUUAGAGAGAACAGGGCUGUUGAAUUGUCCCCAUGUACAUGUUCAUAGUUUUCACGACAAUCCAAAUAGACAGGGCAAAAAGAGAGGCUGAGGAAAGUAGAAUCUUGGCAUACCGCACUUUGACACAUUUUACAUUGUUUUUGAAAUGUUUUUAAGCAUUCUAAUGCAAGUGUCUUUUUAUGGAAAGAUACAUUAACGCAUGUUGGAUGCCUUAAUAUAAAUCACGUGAAAUAAAUUGUUUUUUGCUAGUCUAAUGAAAUAUGCUUUAGGUGUGAGCAUAAUAUUGUGCAAGAAGCAGACCUGAGUAUAUAAAUGAAGAAGAGCUCUGUUCCAAAAUGCUUUUAUAUCCAUCUUUGGGGGAAAUAUCUGAAUGUCAUAUUCUGUAUCUAGAACAUAGUAAAUCCUGCCUGUAAAGUUGUCAGCAUUCUCUUGGCCAAGGACUAUAAUUAUCAGCUAUCUUGUUUUUACAACACAUUUCUUUGAUCCUGUGGAUUUCCCUUUCCCUCCAAAUGGUGUAUAUCUCAUUUUGAAAUGCAGCUCUUCAAACCUGUUGGGGGGGGGGAUAAAUGUUCUCACCAACUGUGGGUGUGUUAGAAAUAUGACAGCCUUAAGAAGAAACCCCACCAGGCAUAUAUAUUCAAACCCAGGUGAUCCUUGUGUAAUAUUAGUGAAUUAAUUUCAUCCUCACCUGGCACAGAGGGUCAGACAGAUUUCGUAAAUUUACGGUUUUCUUUGCCAUGAAUACUGUGCAUAAGACAAGAAAGUUAAGUACUCGUUUUAUUUACUUAAAUAUUUAUACAAAUGACAAUAGAAGCAAUUUAAAAACUGGUGGAACAGAUUUUUAUUUAGGUCAAAAGCCAAGCCUCUAGAAAAAUUAAGACAAUAGGGCUUGAAAUGGACUGUUUUCCGUACUUUCUUUUCCCCCCUCGUUUUGUUCAGUUUUGAUACAGAGUUACUAAUUCUGGUAAUGUACGUGCUGUGAAAUGAGAUCUCAUAUCUGGAAACCAUGACAAGGGAGAAAGUUGGGUAUUACUAGUAUCCUUAAGGGACUAAUGGAUACUCAAAUCUAGGAAGCAAAUUGGGAAACAUUAAAUGUGUUGACUGAGAGCUAAUAAGAUGGUGCUGUGUUGAAGGACACAUAACAUACUAAAGAUGUUUUCCUUCAAUUUAAGUUGUAUAUUAAUGUUACUAUUGAUAGUUUUAACAAAAUGCAAAACUAAAACAUGAACUUUUGUAAAGAAAUAUAUUAAAAAUAACUGAUAUUCCAAAGUAAUCCUCCCUUUGCUUUCUGUCAUUCAAAAACCAAAAAGCAAUCUUGAGGUCGACAGAGAGCAGGAGAGGUGUUCGUAAAUGCAAACUGUAAAGGACAUCCCACGGCUUGACGCUUGCACUAGUCCACAAUUUUUGCACAAGCUACAGACAUUUCAAAUGAACACAGCCAUUAACACAACAUUAAGAGUCACUUGGUGUGGUUUUUGAAACAAGGAGAGUAACUGUCCUUUCAUGAGUAAUAAUUUGUACUCCUGUUGGAAAUUGUAUCUUGUGUGUAAAGCAAGGACUGGAGUGCUUUAACUUCAAGACUGGGAUUACACACGCACACACACAGACACGGUGUUGCACUGUCCAAACUAGAUAGGUUUUUAUGGAGAUCUGCUUUUUAUUCCCUUAUGUUUCAUUGUCACUUUGAUUAUCACUAUUGUUAUAACUGUACUACUACUUAUACGAUUUAUCAUUACUACUCAUCACUGUUUUUGAUUAUUAUUAUUGAUCCAUAAUGGUUUUAAAUGCCACAUCUGCUCAAAAACAGUAUGGUAUUCCUAUGAAUAUUGAACAAUAAUAGUGGCAGUGUUGUUAAGAAUUGUUAGAUUUUUGAUUAAGCUUAUUUUUUCCUCCUCACUUGUACCUGCCUUUUUGUGUUUGGUCUCCAUUAUGCUUUCUUUGAUAUACAGAAAAACAAAUAAAAUCAGUUGAACAACAAA